AUGCGUAUUUCUCUUGUCGCGGUCCUCGCUCUCGCCACCACCGGCGCGGCAGCCGACUCCCAAAUCACAUUCAAUACACUGACCAACGACCUGGCGCCCUGCGCGCGAGAGUGCUGGAACAAAUAUUACAACGAGGAAAUAGGCAGCACAUGUGGUGGUGCGGCCAAGGCCAGCACCGAAGCGUCCGAUAUCAAGUGCAUUUGCACAGCCCGUGGUUCUGGGAACGAAGCGCAUGUUCUUAAUUCUGCACAGUCCGUGCGAGAGUGCAUCAAUUCCAAUUGCCCGAAUUACAACACCAGUCAAACCGACAUUGACGAUGCUGAGAAAUUUGCCAAGGAUGCUGUUAAAUACUGUGGGCCAUAUAUCGAUAAUUUCAGUGCGGCAUCGGGUCUCUCUGUUCAUAUUCCUACGAUAAUCGGUGCGGCCGGAGUUCUCGGGGCUAUUAUGUUGCCGUGA